UUUUGAUCAUGUUGAUCGAUCGAUCGAUCGAAAUGCCGCUAAUGCCAUUGAUAAGUGAGAUUGUUAUUAACAUUUUUGUAAAUUGUUCUUUUCUGUGAUAACACAAUUGAAAGCGAGAACAUACAACAACAAAACAGUACAUUUUUUUGCCGAUCAGUGAAAGUUUCAUAUUUAUCCUGAAAAUUAAACGUCAUUUGUCAUCUAUUAAAACAGAAAUAAAAAGACUUGAUCGAAAUAUGGACAAAUUAGUAAUGCAAACCAAAAUGCAUAUGUUGUAAACCAAAUAUUAAUCUCGAUUUCAUACACCCGCUGAUAAAUUGAAUAAAAUGUAAACGAAAAAGAAAAAAACAAACCAGAUUCAAUCUUUUUUUUUACGAAUUUGUACGGUGCAUUUUCAUCGAAUGUUGCAAUAUCACUAAGUCGCAACCAGCAAGGAACAUUUCAGCACAGAUUGCAAAAUCUCUGUGUGUUAUUUAACAACAACAACAAAAAAGAAAUCAAAACGACAAGCUAAGCAGAAGAAAAAAAAAUAAACUGUAUGCAAUCCAUGAUUAACAAAAAAUUUACAGAAAAAAAGGAAAGAAACACGACCAAAGUCAGCCGUUGUACAAUAGUCAAUCGAAACCUUCUUAUGUGAAUCACUUCUUCUGUGCAAGAUAUCGUUCAAAUGUAUUAUAUGGAUACAAUAGGUGAUCAAAUUGUGCCAUCAGCAAACUUUUGGGUAAUGCAGUCUCCAGAACUUGAAUAUCGCCAUGAACUUGUUGGCCGUCCCGCAAAAAUCACCGAUUCCGAUUUCAAAGUUGAGAUUAUACAGCGAAAUCAACAAUUAAUCACGACAAAUGUCUCAUUAUCAUCAUCACCGCGACUCGGUCAUUCGGCCAAUAAUACAAUUUACGAUAGUUAUGGCAAUGAUUGUAACUUUAGCAAAACAUAUCCGGAAAAUGAUGUGAAUCCAUAUAAUUUACUAACAAAAUAUUCCACCGAUUCGACGACGACAACGACAACGUCGCCAACAUCAAAUGCAAAACUGCAUAAAGAAUAUAUUUGUAUGUCGAGUGCCGUUGAAGAAUCAUAUAUGCGACCACCAUUAUGGGAAGAUAUUACAAGUUCCAUUCAAAAUAUCGAUCCUGAAAAUGCAAUAAUGCUGGGUGGUGCAGUCGCAACACAUGUUAAACUUGAAGCCAAUGAUGCUGAUCAAUACAUCGAGAACUUAUCAACUGCCCCGUUGCUAAGCCCAUUGGAAAUAAAACCCGAACUAAAACCACAAGUAUACGUUUCAAUACCAUCCAAUACAUCACAACACCAACAACAGCAACAACAACAUCAUCAUCAUCCGCAUCAUCAUCCACAAAAUCAUCCCAAUCACAAUGUGCAAUCAUCGCAUUCAGUUUAUUUAAAUGGUAUCAUUUCCAAUAAUUUAGGCAGUGAUGAUAACAACAAUAGUAACAAUAACAACAAUCAUCAAUCUACUUAUAAUCUUCUGUGUGGACCGACGACAUCGAAUAGCCAUUUUGAACAAAGCCACUUUGAAACAUUGAAUCAAAGCACCAAUUUUAAUGUUGCCGAAUCAAAUAAUAGCCUAUUGACAAUGCCAAUGCACCAAAACAUGCAUCCGCAUACCCAUACACCGCAUUAUCAUGUACAACACAAUGGAAAUCACGUGUAUUAUAACUGGCAGGAAACACAAUUACGAAUAACUCCACCACCUCCAUACAAUCAUCAAAAUAGUCAAGACAAUCAGAUCAUAUCGAAUGCAAAUUUGAUGCAAUCAUCCAAACCAAAUUCCGAUAAUUCGCAAGGCCAAAACAUCACCAAUCUUCCUAAUAUCACCAAUAACAUAAAUAAUGGUUCUAGUACAAACAACACCAAUAACAGUAGACGAAAUCAAAAUCGUGUGGGCGGAAAUUCAUCACUCACGGCUAAAAAUGCGGUUAUACGAUACAAUCGAAGAAACAAUCCUGAAUUGGAGAAACGGCGAAUUCAUCAUUGUGAUUUUCUUGGUUGCACCAAGGUUUACACAAAAAGUUCUCAUCUUAAAGCGCAUCAACGGAUCCAUACAGGUGAAAAACCAUAUCAGUGCCAGUGGCCGGAUUGUGAAUGGCGUUUUGCACGUUCGGAUGAAUUGACAAGACACUACAGAAAGCAUACGGGCGCUAAACCAUUCAAAUGCAUUGUUUGUGAACGUAGUUUUGCUCGUUCCGAUCACUUGGCUUUGCAUAUGAAACGUCAUUUACCCAAAAACAAAUGAAGUGGAGAGACGAAAAAUCGACGAGAAAGAAGAAAUGAUGUGUAUAUGCUCUGAUCAUAGUGUUCCAUGCUCUGUGACAUCAUCAUUCAAUCCAGCAUUGAGAUAUUGAGAUUCGCAAGUGGAAUGCGGAGAAAAUGCAAACAAAAAAUGUUGUUGUUAUGUAUAGUUUUAUAUUUUUGUCUUUGAGAUUUCAAUGUAAUUGGUAAGGUCUAUAAGAAAGGAUGAAUUGUAUAGUCAAAAAUGUUCAUGUAUUUUAUGAAUCACAUUCUCGACACUUUGCAACCAUCAUUUGGCAUGACCAAUGUGUAGUGGUGUCGAAAAACCAACCGGCAACUAUUUGGUGACGUUCGCCGAGUGUCAAGCAAGUGAAAAGCAUGAACUAUUUUAUAAAUAAUCGUGUGUGUGAGGUGGUUUCAAUUGAGCCUCGCUUUCGCGUUAAGCAGAUCUCAAUCAUUAAAAUGGCAAUUUAUUGUCGAAUCUAUCAAUAUAAAAUUCACAUAAAUAAUAUUAAAAUUAAGCAAUGUGUGUGUUUGGCGAAAUUAAAUUAUUUUGUGGUUUUCAACAAAUCGAUUAUUUGCGCGGAUUUCACAUACCGGUAUAUAUCGAUAUAAGAAAAACAUUAGUAGAGAGCUUCAAAAUGUUAAGCAUAUUUCGAUUGGUUAUAGCCUUUCGAACGAAAUAGAAAAUAUCACUGAAUUUCUGAAUGUCGAAAAAUGA